AUGGGUCUGAUCUACCACAAAGGUCUGGGUGCUCUGUGGAUGGCUGUGCUGUGCAUGGAGGUGUACAAGUUCACCUGCUACUUCAUAACACACGCACGCGUCGAUUGGAACCAACGCGCACAUAUGGCUGUGGCACAGAUGGCCCGGAAAAGUGACGACGAGGAUGAGG